AUGCAUGAGGACCCUGAUCAAGCCGGAGCCCGGAGAAGGGCGCGCCGGCUUGUCAACAACAUCGCCCAGGAACACACUCUGAACGGCACCAUCUUUGGCACGCCACUAGAGUUGCUCGUCAACAACUGUCUGGAAAUCUUGUCCAAGCAGCUCUACGAGAAGAACACACACUUCCUGCUCGAGCUCAUUCAAAACGCCGACGACAAUACGUACGCCUGCGCUACUCCAACUUUGAGCUUCACCUACAAACCUGGUUGCUUGAGGAUUGACUGCAACGAAGUCGGCUUUGAUGCCAGCAAUGUUACUGCCAUCUGCGGUAUCAGUCAGAGCACCAAGAGCAACAAGACCAGCGACGGAGAGUUCAUCGGCGAGAAGGGCAUUGGUUUCAAGUCAGUGUUCAAAGCUGCUGAUACCGUGCAGAUUGUGUCAAAUGAAUUUACGUUUAAAUUCGAUCGAACCAAGCCACUGGGCGUCAUCACGCCACUCUGGGAAGAGUGCCCGGAGCAAACGGAUAGCCAGGGAACAUCGAUAAUCUUGCAGCUAGCUACAGCGUAUAACGAACAGACUCUGAUCAAAGAGCUCCGGGAGUUUGACACCAAUCUCCUGGUUUUCCUAAGACGCGUCGAAAAAAUCAACAUUGAAGUGGAAUGCGCCGACUCAGAUGCCUGGAAGAAGCAGAUCCGCAAGACGCAAUACGAGCAAGACUACGACCGGAUCGUCCUACUUCAGACCGGUGCAGAUUCGCUCAGAUUUCUCACCAGGACACACGUUGUUACGAGUGUGCCACAGGAAGCAAAGCGGAAAAACUGGACGGAGACCAAGAUCACGAUUGCCUUUCCAUUGCCCUCGGAAGAAGGAAAGCCGGCGCUUAAGCCUCAUCAUGUAUACGCUUUUCUUCCUAUCCGCAGCUAUGGCUUCAGGUUUCUCAUCCAGGCCGACUUUAUACUCACGGCUAGCCGCGAAGACAUCGAGAGCACCUUGCCAUGGAACGUAAGCAUACGCGAUGCUCUAUCGGAAGCUUUUGUUUCCUCCAUGCUCCACUUCAACCAGGGGGCUCUCAAGUACGUCUGGCCAUUCUAUCUUCCAUCGUUAUCGACUGCAAUAUCUGGAUUCUUUGAGCCAGCCAUCAAGAUGAUAUUGAGUCGCGUUGAAGAGAGCCCUCUGAUUGAAUCGUGUGUCGGUAACAUGGUGCGACCUUCCACUCUGGCACAUGUUCCAGCCGAAUUCUGUACAGAUGGUAGGCCGUAUACGCUCUGCACAUCUACCGAAGAUCGGUAUCUCUCUUUCCGUUACGCCAGCUGGGUCGUAGAAGCCAUGGAAUGUGUCGGCGUAUCUCAGAUGACUCCUUUUCAAUUCCUCGGAGAUCUCGCUACCCUCCUUGCCACCGAUGCCGAGUCUUUUCGCAAGAGAGGGUCCGAAUGGCAAGCCCAACUUGCGAUAACGCUUUUGAAGCUCUCCACAGAUGCCGAGCUAAUGCCUCUCAUACGCAGCCUUACCAUAAUACCCCUCAAUGAUGGCACCUGGAUUACUGCUUGUGACAACAACAUCUUCUUCUCUCAAAGCGAUACUUUGCUUGCGAUACCAGAUGGUCUUCGUGUCUUGAUCGUGGACUGUGACGCUGAAGCUGAUCCAAACCGACGAUCUCUCUUCGCUAGUCUCGGCGUCAAAGAGUGGUCCGCGUCUGAGAUAUGCCGGCUCAUCUUGGAUCUGCAUGCAUCUGCAGACUUCCAGCAGCAGCGCUUGAAUACAAAACAGCUCGUCUCACAUGCGACCUUUCUGUACCAAGCUAAAUGGCAGCCUCCGAAAGGCGCAAAUCUGUGGUUUGCAACGACAAAAACGGAAAGCUUUUGCGGGAGGGAAGUUUACGUCUCAGGGCGCUCCAAUGCUGAUUCAGCUGUCGCCCGCGUAUUUGCAACACUGGAAAAGCACUUUCCAGUGAUGCAUACCGAUUAUCUAACAGCUUUGCCCGGAGAGCCUGAAUACAUAGAUUGGCUGAUCCAAAAUCUAGGAUUGUCGAAGAUUCCAAGAUUGGUGACGCCGGUGGUCGAACCUAAACCGCAGCCUAUAGAAACACCUUUCAUGACCCUAACGGACAAUUUGUCUCAUAACCAAGUCGACUCGUUAGCGAGCGAUACUCAAGCUUGCGACAUUGACAUCACUCCUCCCAACGCUAAGCAUGGUAGCAUCGCCCAGACCUUGGAGCAUAGCUUAAUUGCAGUUCACACCCGGCGUGCGUCAGUUAAAGCAUGGCCGCUCCUGGCUGGACGGAGCCCUGGAUCUAGCAACAACAAACCUGUUCUUCGCGAACGCUGCAUACCUCGUCCUCGCGAACCCACGAUGCGUCCCAUCAGCGAAGCUACGGUACAGGGGGAUUCAUCUAAGCCUUUCCCACCUUUCGACAAUACUGCGAUACAAGAAAUUCCACAGAGUGCUAUUAGAUGGCCUGCCGCAGUACGCUUCCAACUAGCGACAGGUGUGUGCGAUCAGUGUCAGAUGCGUGAAGGAAUCUGGAAGUGCGAUGACAGACACUACCAUCUGAGAUACCACUACUUCCAUCGCUGGUUGGAUUGGGUCAGACGAAAAGUCACAAAAAAGAGUGGAUACCGGGAAGUUGCAACAGAGCAGUCGAACGACCUCGCUGCUGAGCCUCCCUCUGCAAUCGCAGCCCUGAGCAUGAACAAGGAUGUGAAGGUCCCUGAACAGCUGGCGGAGCCAUCACAUGAACCAAAAAAAUUGUUAUUCAGCCUAUCCGAAGAGUUUAUUUGUAUGCUUCGUGACUGCGAGUCCAUGGAUGUUCUCCAGCUUUUUCGAGACAACUGGCACUACUAUUCUCAGUGGAUCGAAGGCGCACAUCUUGAAUGGCAAAGUGGAGAAUAUGUGGUCGCGAGCACGCAUCUUAAGUACCAGGUUGGCGCUUCUUUGGUGCGAACAUCGCGAGGUUCUCUGCCGCUUCAUGACACAGUCCUUGCAAAACUCGAUGUGCAGCUGGAUCAAAGCAGGUUUGUUCCAGCUCUUUAUAUACAACAGCCUGAGGACACAGAGUGGCACAUAUUGACCUACUUCGGAGUUGGGGUAAAGAGCGAUGUCCACUACUACCUACGAUGCAUGACCACACUAUCCAGAGAUGAAGCUCCAGACAUUGAUGUGGUCAGCUAUAUUUACGAGCAGAUCCAGUCAAGAUACACUGGUAACGAGGAACUUAUUCGAGCAGCUUUUUACAGCAAAGAGAUCAUUUUUCUUCCCGUCGUGACUCAAGUCUCGAACAGUCAAGUGUGCUGGGCUAACAUGGGGACUUGCAUAUCCCAAGGGAUUGAUGUCACAUCAGUCUAUACUAACUGUUCUUAUCUUUUUCGCUGUCUCUACUCUCCCAGUGGCGAUCCUGUCGCUGGACUAGUUCACGCGAUAACGAUGAUCAGCUCAUUCAGUAGCCUAGAGGACAUCGCGCGUCUAUUCCGCGAGUUAAGCAGAUUGCUAAAGGGCGUCAACUCUAGCAAGCUCUCACUCUUGCUUAAGCCACUGCAAAACAAAGCGAUAAUCCCUGUCGUGGAUGGGUUUCAGAAGACAGGCUACGAUAGACUGGUGAGUGUGUACGAUACAGCCUGGUUCAUCGCCGAUCAUGCGAACCUUGUUGCCAGCUUCACUGGUGUAGUUCCGCUUUUAGCCUUUCUAACCCAGGAUCUACCUGCAAUUGAGGAUCUCCUUCGAGCUUUGAGGUUAGAAGGGAGGAAGAUUUCCAAGAGUAGCAGAAGCCAGACUCGUGUUGCAGGCCAGACAAGAUUGGAUGCUCGUUAUGCUGAAAAUUUCCGGUUGAAAAUCCCGUUUAUCAAAGCUCUUGUUCCGCGGAACCACCCUUUUGAGGUAACGUUGAGACAUCAAAUCGCACAACUACGUGUCCGCAUCGCUGCCAGUGUGCUGCACACUUUCACGAUAGUUUUGCCCAACAAAGAGGUCACCGGAAAGCCGGUAUCCGGAAAUGUAUGCAUAACACUCACUGACAGUUCGAUGAUCUUGGUGAUGACAGAUCAGACUGCAAAGGCUGCAUAUCCGUCACACGAACUUGUAAGUAAGCUGGCGCAGACGUGUGGUAUCGAAGAGCAAAACCAUAUUACUCUACUCCUUGUAGCUCUGGCAAAUUCGAGUCUGAAGAGUAUCAAUGCAGCGUACCUGCAACAAGGAAUUGAAGUCGAGGGGCUAUUGUUAGACGACUCUGAAGAUGAAUUUGACGCCGAAGAACGUCCCAAUUACCCUCUUGGUGUCGAUGGGGCGCACAUGCCCUCUUUGUCGACCGAAGACACUGAGCAUGGUUCAGGUGGCGGUCUCGCUCUCCCGGAAGGCUUUAAAUUCGGCGCUCAAAGAAGUGAACGAGACAUACAAGAUCAAGAUCUAGACCGGCGGAUACCCAUGAUACCACGCAUUAAAGGAGCCGGUAACACAUACCUGAAAAUUCGGCUCAGUGAACUUGAGCGCAAAGAAGAUGAAUUCGUUGAAAAUGAUCAUGUUCAGUUUCUGGGUGAAAACAUGGUAGCCAGGCUGUUAUCCGUACAUCUGGGUUCUUCUUUUGACCCGGUACGAGACUGGACCAGCGAUCUGCGUGAAAGAGCUGGAUUUACAUAUGUCCCAGAAGAUGCUUCAAUUGCACCGUUCACACUAACCCAAGCCGAAACCAUUCGUGCCAUGACGGAAUUUGCGGUUCAGUACGGAGUCUCGUGGCGCGACGGUUGGCAAAAAAGGUUAAGGACUUCAUCCCCAAUUUAUCACGUGGAUGUUCUUAUCAGUGGAGACUCAACAGGCAAAUUUGUCAUGGAAGCGAAAUGGCUUGAAAGGGCCAUGAGACUGAGAUUGCCGUCUUGUCAGACCGACGAGAUAUUUCACGUAAAUGUGUUAAUGCAUGUGACUCAAGCCUACUCGGAGGCCGACUUCUCCAUCAGUAUGAUCGUAGAUCCGUGGCAUCUUAUCUACAGCGGGAAGCUGAAGUUCACAAAGAACUGGUUGAUGCAGGGGUUAUUGAGCGGGGAGAAAGGAGAUCCGGGCGAUGACGCAUUCCAAAGAGAAGGUGUUGACGCACCUCUGACUCCAGAAGUGGUAGCUGUUUCCGACAGGGACAAACAGCUUGUGCUUUACACAAAUAUUGAACAGAAAUCAAGCCCAAGCGCAGUCGGGGUAAAUGAUGACUCCAAGACUCAGGCAUUGGGCACCCUCUAUCUUCCUUGGACUCAAGCUGAAGCCGCCGGUAUGCUUCGUAGCCGCGAUCAGACACUCCAUGUCAACGGUAGGAGAAAACUUUAUUCCUACAAGCCUUUGUUACACGGCUACAUACGUCUCCUUUACCUUCUCCCCGGGAACAGAGAAGGUUGCCUCCAAGCUGUACUCAAUCACAUUGCUUGUAAUUACGCAGGUACAUAUCAGGCGCUCUCGUAUGUCUGGGGCGGCGAUGUACGGGAUCGGGAACUAUUAACCCCCGACGGCGUGAUACCAAUCACCACCUCCCUCUACAAAGCGCUCCUGGCGCUGCGCCAGACGGACCAAGGGAUCAUGAUUUGGGUAGAUGCAGUCUGCAUCAAUCAAACAGACACCAAGGAGAAGGCGCAACAAAUCCGCCUCAUGCCUGAGAUCUAUCAGGCAUGCGAAUGUGCCUACGCAUUCCUAUCUGAAGGCAGCCCCGCUACUGACCAAGCCUUGGAAAUGCUAAUGCAAUUGCGAGCGAGAACAGCUCAAGAGAAACAGCAGCAAUCUAGUAAAAACAUUGCCGACGGGAACGAUUCUCCACGAAUGAUGUCCAUGUGGGGAGGUGAUCGUCUGCCACCACUCAACUCGCCUAUUUGGGAAUCCGUCGAGACACUCUUCACCUUGCCAUACUUUCGCAGAGCUUGGAUCAUCCAAGAAGUAGUCGCGGCGCCUAAUGUAAAGUUUGCAUGCGGGGAGUGGUUGAUCGACUGGAAAGAUCUGUGCGCAGCGCAGGAGAUCUUGGACCGCGAAGUACACAUGGCGGAGUAUGAAGAAAGACUAAGCAAUGUGAGGGCUUCAUGGGAGCCUUUCAAGAAGCUAGCUGUACAACGCGAGUGGGAGUUACGCCAGCAUCGGUGGAUCCUGCUUACGCUGCUUGAGCAUUUCCGUCAUGCCGACAGUACAUUGCGUCGAGAUAGACUGUUCUCCCUUGUUGGUCUCGCAUCUGACGGCAACGAAGUCGAGUUUGAACCCGAUUACGACUCAAAUUUCCACGACAUCGUGUUGCGAUUCGCACAAGCAUUUGUUCGCCAGGGACGAGGAAUUCAACUGCUUUACCGUGCCGGUAUCUCGUGCGAUGAGCAUGGCGAUAAACACCCCUCCUGGAUCCCAGACUGGACUUUACAGCGUCCUAUCGGCCUUCAUGACUCUACAAAUACUGAUCUGAUCUUCUCAGCAUGCGGUCUGCAGCCGCAACACGUUACGCUUGGCCCAGGGCCAGAAGAACUCAGCAUAGACGGCUACGACAUGGACAUCAUUCUCACCAUCACUGCUGCCUCGAACACAGAACGCGAGUGGUCCACUUACUUCGCUGAGGUCGAUGCCAUGAUCGAUGAAAGUGUGCUGAGCGACGCAAUGGAUCCGAAGAAAGCUCUCAAGUGGAAAGUCCCCAUCGCCGCAGCGCCGUUUGCAAGCGCAGCAUCCUACUCUGCGUUUCGAAAGCACCUCACAAACCCAAACCACGUUCCCACGAGUGGUCGUUAUGGUCUCGAACUAGAUGUGCACCAGACGUAUGCAGAGUGUCUCCGGGGGACCCUAUCUGGAUGGAAGUUUGUGAUUACGAAGCGAGGUUUCGCCGGGGUCGUUCCGCCACUGAGUCAAGUGGGGGACAACGUGGCUAUCAUGAAAGGAGGGUGCGUGCCCUUCGUGCUGAGGGAGAGUGGGGAGAAGUGGAGACUAGUUGGGGAGUGUUAUGUGCACGGCAUUAUGAAGGGCGAGGGGUUGUGGCUUCCAGGCGUGACGGAAAGGACAUUUUGUGUGUAUUGA